AUGGGUCUUUGUGCUGCAAGACAGUUACAGAAAAAUGGUGAGAAGGUUUUGGUGCUGGAAGCCAGGGAUAGGGUUGGUGGAAGAACAUAUACUUUAAAGGAUGCUGAUCAUGGAGCUAUUGACCUUGGUGGAGCAUAUGUCGGACCUACUCAAAACAGAGUAUAUAGAAUAUGUAAAGAGUUAGACCUGAAGUUGUACAAUAUUGAUGAAAAUAACUACACCGUUAUGGAUUUAAGGAGUUGUUGGGCUAAGUUUAAAGGAAGUAUGCCACCAUUUUGGAAUCCAUUUAAAGUGCUAGAUAUUAACCAUUUUAUCAGAACAUUUGAUAUCAUGGCUAAACAGGUUCCAUGUGAAGCACCAUGGGCAGCCAAAAAAGCAAAACAGUGGGACUCGAUGACAGUGGCACAGUUUAUAGAUAAAAUUCUCUGGACCCAAUCGGCAAAAGAAUAUGCUGGAAUUUUCAUGAAAGCUUUAUUUUGUGCAGAAUUGUCCGAGAUAUCUCUCCUAGGUGCCCUAUGGUACUUCAAUUGCGGCGGUGGAGUUCUCAGACUUAUCUCAAUAACAAAUGGUGCUCAGGAAAAAAAGGUUGAAGGAGGAACUCAGCAAAUAUCAGAAGGUCUUGCUAAACUGGUAGGGGAUUAUGUGAAGCUUAGUUCUCCAGCUGUUUAUAUAAAAUAUGAUGAUCAUACAGUGAUUGUUAAAGAUUCUCAUGGAAAUGUUUAUGAGGCUAGAUAUGUGAUAAGUUCAGUGCCUCCACCACUUCUCAACCGGAUAGAGUUUGAUCCUCCGUUACCAUGGGAACGAUUACAACUAAUGCAAAAAAUGCCGAUGGGAUCAAUAAUUAAAACAGUGAUGUAUUAUAAAACACAGUUUUGGAAAAAAUUAGAUUUAAACGGUAUAGCCCUGUCCUCUGACAGUGUGUGCUGUUGCUGCAUAGAUGAUACAAAACCUAAUGGUGGUCAUCCAGCAAUAAUGGGGUUUAUAUUGGCUGAUAGGGCUAGAGAAAUGGCUGCUGCAACACCUCUUGUACGGAAAGAAGCACUAUGUGCUCACUAUGCCUGGGUGUUUGGGACAGAUGAUUUCCUACACCCUGUAGAUUAUAGAGAAUAUAAUUGGAUGGCAGAUCAGUAUUCUGGUGGAUGUUACAGUUCAGUGAUGCCCCCAAAUGUCAUAACAAAAUAUGGAAG